GCGGCUCGUUUGAAGCUAGACUUCUUGUUAUUUUUCAGCGAUGUGGGGCCAUCGCUGUUGAAGUCUUGGUCGGACAGAAGGACGGUACCAUGUUCCUUCUUCUGCGAGAUGCGGGUCAUUGAUGUGCUGCUGUCAGGCGCAUUCUUUCACAAACUGCGUGCCCGUCAUGUUCAAUGACAUAGAGUCCAUCGACCUUCCUUAACUCUGGGCCGUACAAUCAAUUCUACCCAUUGCUCGUCUUGAAAGGGAAAGACUUAUACCAUAAAGCUCGUCGAGGAUGUUUACCGCCAUGUUCAUCAUGGGUCUGGCGUAGUACCUUGUUGCUAGCAGCAGAGAUGCGCUUUCUGUAUUCAAUUACUUUGUCAACUCUGUCACAAUCUUUGGUGGACUUACUUGGAUCUCCGUCCUCUUGUAUCUCGUCCCACAUUGCCUCUUCCUGCCGGAAUGAAAGCUCAAAGCAUCUCAUCACGAGACUCUCUUCCUUACAAGUCCCCCUUUCAGCCAUAGUUCACCUACGCUCCUUAUUUCUUACCUAUCUCGUUUGCUUCUUCAAGGGCUUUGACGGCUUUAUGCCUUGGGACUACAAGUCAUUCAUCACCAAUUACAUCGGUAUCCCGAUCUAUGUCUUUGCUUAUAUUGGUUUCAAGCUGAUCCGAAAAAUCAAGGCGGUUAAGACGUGGGAGAUGGACCUUGCCUUAUUACUACUGGCGCUCGAGAGUUCCACAUCUGGAUGAGGAAACGGAAGAAGAGCAACAAUAAUACAAGUCGAUGUCAUCGACGAAGUAAUCAUCUACCAAAUCAAAAACUGAUAAAAAUACUUGUCACUUUGAGGGAUUAGUCAAAUUCCCUUAGAAUUGUGUAGGAAAUGUUGUAGAGAAGUACAAUACUGGUACCUACGGAAAAGAAUGUACCCCCUCCCAUUUGAUCCCGUUUUUCUACCUAUACAAACAACAUCGAUUGCAUGUAUCAUUUUACAAUGCAUGUUUUCGGGCAAACCAAGUACAUAAA